UUCUCUAAAGCCGAAACCCCCGGAGCCUUGUCACACCUGACCUCGGAUGUUGUCUUUGUGGUAGAUUCCUACGCCCUAUGGUCAUUCGAUUGAGAGGAUAUAGCAAUAUUCCCGCCCCUUCUUCGUGGCUUUAAGGACGUUCAGCCUAGACAACUCCAACCCUAAUCUUAAUAUCUAAGAUAUCACUAUAUAACGCGAGUUUCUGGGUUAGGAAGUCAGCUACAAGACUCAUACCGUUGCCUCGGCUGUAUCAAAUUGCCGCACAAGGACCAUGUCGUCCCCGCGAGAUCCUGUCCCAGAGGACCACAAAACAAUUCGGCAUAGCGAGGAGGAGACCACCGCGAGAUAUGCUCACUCCGAGGCUGAAACGAUGUCCUCCGACGAGACCAGCGACCAAAUCGAGGCCUUAGUCAAUAUCAACACCCGAACAUCACGCAUCUCGAUACCCUCAUUGGCGCAAAGAGUAACCUCAAUCGGUACUACCGGGACCGCCGACCCGGACUAUGAGGUCGACUGGGAAGACGAAUUCGACCGGACCAACCCGAAGAAUUGGUCUCUGGGGUACAAAGCCAUGGGGAUGACGUUCCUUUCGUACAAUACGCUGAUUAUCGUUCUUUAUUCGACCUCAUAUACAUCUGGAAUUCCACAGAUCGGCGCCGAAUUCGGCGCGUCGAAUACAGUGGUCACCCUGGGAUUGACCAUGUACCUGAUCGGGCUCGCCAUCGGAUCGAUGUUCAUGGCUCCGCUGAGCGAGCUCUACGGACGCAAACCGGUCUCGAUCGGCUGCCUGGCGGUCUUCACGAUUCUGAUCGUUCCGUGUGCGGUCAGCAAGAACCUGGCCACCCUGAUAGUCUGUCGGUUCCUCGGCGCGCUGUUCGGCAGCGUGAUGAUUUCCACGGCGCCGGGGAUGGUCGCGGAUCUCGCGCACGACGAUCAGCGUGCGCUGGCCAUGUCGAUCUGGAGUAUCGGCCCCCUCAACGGUCCAGUAAUCGGUCCGAUUGUUGGAGGGUUCGUGACGCAAUAUCUGGGUUGGCGCUGGAUGGAUUGGAUCGCUUUGAUCCUGUCCGGGGUUGCGUUGCUCCUCUCGUGUAUACUAAAGGAGACGUACGAGCCCAUUAUUCUUCAGAGGAAGGCGGCCCGUUUGCGGAAAGAGACAGGGGAUUCGCGGUGGUGGUGCCGGUACGACCAGAAGGCUAGUUUACAGGAGUUGCUGAAGGUCAAUCUGAGCCGCCCGUUCGUUAUGGCUGUCACGGAGCCUAUUUGUAUUUUCUGGAACAUCUACAUCGCAAUCGUCUACGGCAUCUUAUACCUCUGCUUCACAGCCUACCCGAUCGUUUUCCGCCAGAUCCGCGGCUGGUCUCUCGGCCUAUCCGGCCUGGCCUUCCUGGGCAUCGGGAUCGGGUGUCUCGUCACCAUCGCUUGCGAACCUCUCAUCCGCCGCAUGAUCAACAGCCACAAAAUUGACCCGGAAACCGGAAAACCCGCCCCCGAGGCCAUGGUGUCAAUCGUCUGCAUCUCCGCGCUUCUGAUCCCGGCCGGCGAGCUCUGGUUCGCGUGGACCGGCUCCCCGGCCUCCGUGCAUUGGAUCGUCCCCAUUCUGGCGGGCAUCCCCUUCGGUGCAGGCAACACGGGCGUGUUUAUUUAUGCGACGAACUAUCUGGCUGGUAGCUAUGGUGUCUACGCGGCCUCGGCUAUGGCGGGCAACUCGGUCAUUCGCAGUAUUCUGGGCGGUGUGUUGCCCCUGGUGGGAACGUAUAUGUACCAGGGCAUUGGCCCGAACUGGUCUGGUACGUUGCUGGGGUUGUUGGAGGUCCUUAUUGUUCCGAUCCCGGUUGUGUUCUAUAAGUAUGGGUACAAGAUUCGGGAGAAAAGCACUCUCAUUCGAAGGAUGCAGGAGGACAAGAAGCAUCUGGAGCUGAAGCGUAAGCGACAGAUGCAACGAGGGGACAGAGGGAUUGUGACGGAGAAGACGAAGAUGGACGUUUAACCUGACGGGCAUUUGACGGCAAUGGAAAGUCUGGGAACGCAUGAUUCGGUGGGGAAAACAAAGCAACAUACCCAAGAUAGUGUUCUUUUGGCAUGACUGAAAGAGCUUAGCAUUGAGUCUUGGUUCGAAUAAUUCCUCUCAACACCAUUAUCGUCUCCCAAGUCCGGCCGUUGUUCAGGCGCGCCCGUAGCAUAGCUCUAGACCAUCAUAGCCCACACCCACCCACCAUGCAAACAAACCUUGAAGUCAGAAAGCAAUAGCCAUUCUACCUUCAACUAACUCACUCUCCUCACCCGCCGUUCAACCUCCAACGACUCCUG